AAUCUUAUCCAAGUACAACUGGUUUGUUGGUUUGGCACCUUCACUUUUAGCUUUUCAAUACCAUCCUUUCUAGCCGAAAGCUGGUGGUUCUGGAAAAAGCCGAGAAUGGAAGAGCAGACAGGUGGUACCAAACCGAUCAAGUGCAGGGACGACCAGAAACGUCAAAAAUAUGGAAGUGAUGGAGCAGGGUUCUCAACCGGCGACCUUCCGAUUGGGAAUUCCGAUACUCCACAUUCUGAGGAUGAAGGUUCCCAUAUCUCCACAAGUGAGGAUUCGGGAAGUUCCGGCGAGGAAACACGGCUGUCCGGUUUGGCAGAGAGCCUGCAAAUCUUGACAAAGUCGCUGCUGACGGCGGAAAUGGAGAUUUUCAAGGCGACGGAGGUCAUGCGCCUUGAAGAGGAGAAGAGGAGGCUGGAAUCGGAGGCCGAGAUGACUCGCAUGCUGCUCCAGUGUCAGCUGCAGAUCGCCUCGUUUCUAUCAGCCAGGGAGAGUCCUAACAACCGGAAGAGGAAGCGAGUUAAGGAAGAAGAUCCAUCCUCUUCAGUCUUCUUAGAAAGGAACGGGGCUCUGCUACUUAGUCUACUUCAACUCAACAUGUUCACCUUUUGAAGCUGCUAUCCUUUGAUCUAAACGGGAAUCGUAGGAGUAUUAUGGAUGGGAUAAGUGUAACUGUAUCGAUAAAAAAAAGGAUCGAAUUGUUGAAUAAUUUAGCAUUUCUAUCUAAAUCCUAUAGUUAUGACUACUUCAUUACCAUAUAAAA